GCUGAUGAGUGUGUGCAGUUAGUGCAGGCACACACAUACUUCUGCGCUUUCCCUGAAAGUGGAGCAUUAGCAACUGCAGUCAAAACGCACCGUUGCUUCUUCAGCUCUGAUCCGUGCAGCAACUGUCUGAUUCUGUCUGGAGGAGCUAGGAGACAGCACUGGAGGCAAGUUUAAAAAGGACCUAGUGACACCCUGCUGUCACAUCUGGUUUUAGGGACCUACUUAUUAGUAGUCCAUUUAAAUUCACUUUCCUAGUCCCAUCUGUAGUGCACGUUCUUGAGAAGUGGCUGGCUGGCAAGGAAGGAGCACGCUGCUGAAGAUGAUAUUGACCAACUUACUGUUAACUAAAAUGGGAGCUUAGUCUUCUAUCACCUGAUAAUUUGUCACCGGUUUACUGAGUAAUUUCUUCUUUGUCUCCUGUGCUCUGGACUAUCAACCCUUGCAAACCAAUAAUUAACUGUUGUGGAUCUUCCUGGGGGCCCCAGCUGCUGCUAAGACUGGCAUGAAAAUAUUACUGACAGAUUGGACACUGUAGUCCUCCAGACAACAUUAAUCUGUUGAUGAUUCUGAAGUGAAGACGUGAUUGAUGCUGUACCAGAAACUGGUGACAUAGGGAGUUGGCUGCAUUUUCAGAGGAUUUUUUCAGACAUCCUUCUGGCUUUAUUAAGGAUGGACAUAUUUCUUUGUUUGGAAAUUAAGAUGUUCUCUGCUUCUGGGACAUCAUUGUGAAAAUCUGUAAUUAAGGACACUGGUAAUAAUGUAUGGGUUCUGUUGGAGAUAAAGUAUCCUACAAGUAUUGGAUGAAAUAUUUACCAAGCAAAUAGCCUUGCUGAUUGAGUGUCUCAGCCCAGACAAUGGGCCCCUGCCUCCAGGAGUGUGCGACUGAAAUAAAUCCACUGACUUGAGCAGCCACGCUCCAUCGUGACCGGGAGCCGAAGCUGGUUUCUGACACACAAACUUCCAUGGAGCAUAAGCCAGGGGAGAGCACACAGAGGAAGGGAGAAUAAAGAAUGAAAGAAAGGAUGAAGAGCAAUUGGAGAUCACAGGGAUGAAACCCUCAGACUGCACCUGCAAGACCAGAUUGUGAACACUGAUUUCAUCUUCCUCACCAGUUUGGGAUAACAAAACACAUACUUGGAGAUGGAGUAAGGUUAUGUGCCUGCAAACCCUUGAGGAUGGCUGGACCAUUGCAGUGGCGCACUGAUUUUUGUGGAUGGUGAUCACAAAAAGGGAGUUGAGAAGAGACCACCCGAGUUAUUCUGACACAUGACUUCAGUGCUUUCUAUUCUUAGACAGAUGAGGAUCUGAAAUAUGUAGACUGAGAGUAACACGUCUAGGUUACAACAGUAUCCCACAAGAAGCAUUUGAUGGAUUGUUCCUAGAUAUUUCUAAGAAGGCAACCACCAAAAGUUAUUCCAAUCUGACCGCCACACAGACGUCAUUAUUUUAAUGUUGAAUACUCAGACAAGGGUGCCAUGGAUGUAAAAGAAAGGAAGCCGUAUCGAUCUCUGACUCGGCGCCGCGACACUGAGCGCCGCUACACCAGCUCUUCAGCCGAGAGUGAGGACAGCAAGGCACCCCAGAAGUCCUACAGCUCCAGCGAGACCCUAAAGGCUUAUGAUCAAGACUCCAGGCUGACCUACAGCAAUCGGGUCAAAGACAUGGUGCACCAGGAGGCUGAUGAAUUCUGCCGAGCAGGAGCCAACUUCUCUUUGCGAGAACUGGGACUUGAAGAUGUGACACCCACACACGGGGCUUUGUACCGGACCGACAUCGGGCUGCCUCACUGUGGCUACUCCAUCAGCGCCGGCUCGGAUGCCGACACGGAAGCAGAUGUGGUCAUGUCACCCGAGCACCCAGUGAGGCUCUGGGGACGCAACACCAAGUCCGGGCGCAGCUCCUGCUUGUCAAGCCGGGCCAACUCCAACCUCACCCUCACUGACACGGAGCAUGAGAAUACUGAAACAGGUCCCCCCCUGCCCUGUUCGUCCGCCUCCUCCACCCCCCGCUCGCAGUCCCCCUCCCCUCUCCCCUCGCCGCCGGCCAAUGAGGGCCCGGGGCGGUCGCUGGGCGACGGCGCGGCCCGGGCGGCCGCGGGCUCGGACUCUGAGGAAGAGUUUGUCCCUCAGUCAUUCUUAGUUCAAAGUGGCUCUGGAAACCUCUGUGCCGCCGCCAACGAUCAUCCUCCAAAUAUUCAAAAUCAUUCAAGACUUCGAACUCCACCACCUCCGAUAUCACAUGCUCACACCCCAAAUCAGCAUCACGCAGCCUCCAUCAAUUCCCUGAACAGAGGGAACUUCACUCCACGCAGCAACCCCAGUCCAGCUCCUACGGACCACUCUCUCUCUGGAGAACAACCAGCCACUACUCAAGAGCCAGCCCAUGCUCAGGACAACUGGUUACUCAACAGUAACAUCCCACUGGAGACAAGAAACAUAGCAAAGCAGACAUUCCUAGAGACAUUGCAGGACAACCUCAUUGAGAUGGACAUUCUCACCUCCUCCCGACAUGACGGUGCUUACAAUGAUGGGCACUUCCUGUUCAAACCUGGAGGCACUUCUCCCCUUUUUUGUACAACGUCGCCGGGAUAUCCGCUGACAUCCAGCACUGUGUACUCGCCUCCCCCUAGGCCCCUUCCCAGAAGUACCUUUUCUAGGCCUGCCUUUAACCUGAAGAAACCUUAUAAGUACUGUAACUGGAAAUGUGCUGCUCUGAGUGCCAUUGUCAUCUCAGUCACGCUGGUGAUCCUGUUGGCCUAUUUCAUAGCCAUGCACCUGUUUGGCCUAAACUGGCACCUGCAGCCGAUGGAAGGGCAGAUGUAUGAGAUCACGGAAGACACAGCCAGCAGUUGGCCAGUGCCAACGGACGUCUCCUUAUAUCCUUCGGGGGGCACAGGGUUAGAGUUACCUGACAGGAAAGGCAAAGGAACCAGUGAAGGAAAGCCCAGUAGUUUCUUUCCAGACGACAGUUUUAUAGACUCCGGAGAAAUUGAUGUAGGCAGGCGAGCCACACAGAAGAUCCCUCCUGGUAUCUUUUGGAGAUCUCAGGUGUUCAUCGACCACCCAGUGCAUCUGAAAUUCAAUGUGUCUUUAGGAAAGGCUGCUCUUGUUGGCAUCUAUGGCAGAAAAGGACUCCCACCAUCACACACACAGUUUGACUUUGUCGAGCUCCUCGAUGGAAGACGUCUACUGACCCAGGAGGCGAGAAGCUUGGAAGGACCACAGCGGCAGCACAGAGCUUUUGUGCCCUUGGCCAGCCACGAGACAGGAUUUAUCCAGUAUUUAGAUUCAGGAAUAUGGCAUUUAGCCUUCUACAAUGAUGGCAAGGAAUCGGAAGUGGUUUCUUUUCUUACUACUGCUAUUGAAUCAGUGGAUAACUGUCCCAGUAAUUGCUAUGGGAAUGGAGACUGCGUGUCUGGGACUUGCCAUUGCUUCCUUGGCUUUCUGGGCCCUGACUGUGGCAGAGCAUCCUGCCCAGUGCUCUGCAGUGGAAAUGGGCAGUACAUGAAAGGAAGGUGCUUGUGCCACAGUGGCUGGAAGGGAGCAGAGUGUGAUGUCCCAACCAACCAGUGCAUUGAUGUCUCCUGCAAUAACCAUGGCACAUGCAUCAUGGGUACCUGUAUCUGCAACCCAGGAUACAAAGGCGAGAGCUGUGAAGAAGUGGACUGCAUGGAUCCUACCUGCUCGGGACGAGGCGUCUGUGUCCGAGGAGAAUGUCAUUGUUCAGUUGGCUGGGGAGGAACAAAUUGUGAGACCCCAAGAGCCACUUGUCUGGAUCAGUGCUCUGGUCAUGGGACCUUCCUCCCGGAUACUGGACUCUGCAGCUGCGAUCCCAACUGGACUGGCCACGACUGCUCAAUCGAGAUUUGUGCAGCGGACUGCGGAGGACAUGGCAUUUGUGUUGGAGGCACCUGCCGCUGCGAGGAGGGCUGGAUGGGCACAGCCUGUGAUCAGCGAGCGUGUCACCCACGCUGCAAUGAGCACGGCACCUGCCGGGAUGGCAAGUGUGAAUGCAGCCCGGGCUGGAACGGAGAGCACUGCACUAUUGCUCACUAUCUGGAUAAGGUAGUGAAAGAGGGAUGCCCUGGCUUGUGCAAUGGCAAUGGCAGAUGCACUCUGGACAUGAACGGCUGGCACUGCGUCUGCCAGCUGGGCUGGAGAGGAGCAGGCUGUGACACUUCCAUGGAGACGGCAUGCGGCGAUGGGAAAGACAAUGAUGGAGAUGGCCUGGUGGACUGCAUGGACCCAGACUGCUGCUUGCAGCCACUGUGCCACAUUAAUGCGCUGUGCCUGGGCUCCCCGGACCCCCUGGAUAUCAUCCAGGAGACGCAAGCCCCCGUCUCCCAGCAGAGCUUGCAUUCCUUCUAUGAUCGAAUCAAGUUCCUGAUUGGCAAGGACAGCACUCACGUCAUCCCAGGGGAAAAUCCUUUUGAAGGCGGACAUGCAUGUGUGAUUCGAGGCCAGGUGAUGACAGCAGAUGGGACCCCUUUAGUUGGAGUGAACAUCAGCUUUGUCAACAAUCCUCUGUUUGGAUACACAAUCAGCAGACAAGAUGGCAGCUUUGAUCUUGUUACCAUUGGUGGAAUCUCCAUUAUCCUGCACUUUGAGCGGGCUCCCUUCAUCACCCAGGAGCACACGCUGUGGUUGCCGUGGGAUCGCUUCUUUGUGAUGGAAACCAUAGUCAUGAGGCACGAAGAGAAUGAGAUCCCAAGCUGUGACCUCAGUAACUUCGCCCGGCCCAACCCUGUGGUCUCUCCUUCUCCGCUCACUGCUUUUGCAACUUCCUGCUCAGAGAAAGGUCCUAUCGUUCCUGAAAUCCAGGCUCUACAAGAGGAGAUUAACGUUUCUGGCAGUAAAAUAAAAGUGAGUUACCUGAGCAGUCGCACAGCUGGCUACAAAUCAGUGCUACGGAUCAGCAUGACCCACCCCACCAUCCCCUUCAACCUCAUGAAAGUCCACCUCAUGGUGGCCGUCGAGGGACGCCUCUUCAGAAAGUGGUUUGCAGCAGCUCCAGACCUGUCCUACUAUUUCAUCUGGGACAAGACAGAUGUCUACAGCCAGAAGGUGUAUGGGCUCUCAGAAGCCUUCGUUUCAGUAGGUUAUGAGUAUGAAUCCUGUCCAGACUUAAUCCUGUGGGAGAAGAGGACAGCUGUGCUUCAGGGUUAUGAAAUUGAUGCUUCCAAACUUGGAGGAUGGUCCCUGGACAAACACCAUGCCCUCAACAUACAAAGCGGCAUCUUGCAUAAAGGAAAUGGGGAAAACCAGUUCAUUUCCCAGCAGCCACCUGUAAUUGGAAGCAUUAUGGGCAAUGGCCGCAGGCGGAGCAUCUCUUGUCCAAGCUGCAAUGGUCUGGCAGAUGGAAACAAACUCCUGGCUCCUGUUGCCCUAACAUGUGGGUCUGAUGGAAGUCUUUAUGUUGGAGAUUUCAACUACAUCCGAAGGAUCUUUCCCUCUGGCAAUGUCACCAACAUACUGGAGCUGAGAAAUAAAGAUUUCAGACAUAGCCACAGCCCAGCUCAUAAGUAUUACUUGACCACAGACCCGAUCACCGGCUCCAUCUACCUCUCAGACACCAACAGCCGACGUAUCUAUAAAAUCAAGUCAACCACGUCAGUGAAAGACAUUGUGAAGAACUCAGAGGUCUUGGCUGGAACUGGGGAUCAGUGCCUGCCAUUCGAUGAUACCCGCUGUGGAGAUGGAGGCAAAGGCACUGAUGCCACCCUUACAAAUCCCAGGGGCAUCACUGUGGACAAGUUUGGGCUGAUUUACUUUGUGGAUGGCACCAUGAUCAGGCGUAUUGAUCAGAAUGGGAUUAUCUCCACUGUGUUGGGUUCCAAUGACUUGACAUCUGCUCGGCCUCUCAGCUGUGACUCUGUUAUGGACAUUUCUCAGGUUCGUCUAGAAUGGCCCACAGAUCUGGCAGUGAAUCCCAUGGAUAAUUCGCUCUAUGUCCUCGACAACAACGUUGUGCUGCAAAUCUCUGAGAACCACCAAGUGCGCAUCGUGGCAGGGAGGCCCAUGCACUGCCAGGUGCCAGGCAUGGAUCACUUUCUCCUCAGCAAGGUGGCAAUCCACGCCACGCUGGAGUCUGCCACCGCCCUGGCCGUAUCACAUAACGGGGUCCUGUACAUUGCUGAGACUGACGAGAAGAAGAUCAACCGCAUCAGGCAGGUCACCACCAACGGGGAGAUCUCCCUGGUGGCUGGCGCCCCAAGCAGCUGCGACUGCAAGAACGAUGCCAACUGCGACUGCUUCUCGGGGGACGACGGCUACGCCAAGGACGCCAAGCUCAACGCGCCGUCCUCCCUCGCCGUGUGUGCAGAUGGGGAGCUGUACGUCGCCGAUCUGGGGAACAUCCGAAUCCGCUUCAUUCGGAAAAAUAAACCGUUCCUCAACACACAAAACCUGUAUGAGUUAUCCUCACCCAUAGACCAGGAACUCUACUUGUUUGACACCAGUGGGAAGCACCUUUAUACUCAGAGCCUUACCACUGGGGAUUAUCUUUACAAUUUUACUUAUUCUGGAGAUGGAGAUAUAACCCUGAUCACUGACAAUAAUGGCAACUUAGUCAACAUCCGAAGAGAUUCCACAGGGAUGCCCCUCUGGCUGGUGGUGCCUGAUGGCCAAGUCUACUGGGUGACAAUUGGUACCAACAGUGCACUCAAGAGUGUAACAACACAGGGGCAUGAAGUAGCCAUGAUGACUUACCACGGCAACUCUGGUCUCCUUGCCACUAAAAGCAAUGAAAAUGGUUGGACAACAUUUUAUGAAUACGACAGCUUUGGCCGCCUGACCAACGUGACCUUCCCUACUGGCCAAGUGAGCAGCUUCCGCAGCGACACCGACAGCUCCGUGCAUGUCCAAGUGGAAACCUCCAGCAAGGAUGAUGUUACAAUAACAACCAAUUUGUCAGCAUCGGGUGCCUUCUACACCCUGCUCCAAGACCAAGUCCGAAACAGUUACUACAUCGGUGCUGAUGGCUCCCUCAGACUGAUGCUUGCCAAUGGCAUGGAGGUGGCCCUGCAGACUGAGCCGCAUCUGCUGGCUGGUACCGUCAACCCCACGGUGGGGAAGAGGAAUGUCACCCUGCCCAUCGACAAUGGCCUCAACCUCGUGGAGUGGAGGCAGAGGAAGGAGCAAGCGAGAGGGCAGGUCACCGUCUUUGGACGUCGGCUGAGGGUUCACAACAGAAACCUGCUGUCCCUUGACUUUGAUCGUGUGACAAGGACUGAGAAAAUCUAUGAUGACCACCGCAAGUUCACGCUCCGCAUCCUCUACGACCAGGCAGGGAGGCCCAGUCUCUGGUCACCCAGCAGCAGACUGAACGGGGUCAAUGUUACCUAUUCCCCAGGAGGACACAUUGCAGGAAUUCAGAGGGGCACGAUGUCAGAAAGGAUGGAGUACGAUCAGUCUGGCAGAAUUACAUCCAGAAUCUUUGCUGAUGGUAAAUCAUGGAGCUACACCUACUUGGAGAAGUCCAUGGUGCUGCUCCUUCACAGCCAGAGACAGUACAUCUUUGAGUUUGACAAGAAUGACCGGUUGUCCUCGGUGACCAUGCCCAACGUUGCCCGUCAGACUUUGGAAACCAUUCGUUCCAUUGGUUACUACAGGAACAUCUACCGGCCACCAGAAGGCAAUGCCUCAGUAAUUCAGGACUUCACAGAGGAUGAGCAGCUCCUGCACACUUUGUACUUGGGCACAGGGAGACGUGUCAUCUACAAGUAUGGGAAGCUGUCCAAGUUAGCCGAGAUGCUCUACGACACCACAAAGAUCAGUUUCACGUACGACGAAACUGCGGGCAUGCUGAAGACCAUAAACUUGCAGAAUGAAGGGUUCACCUGCACAAUCAGGUACAGACAGAUAGGGCCUCUCAUUGACCGACAGAUUUUCCGCUUCACUGAGGAGGGCAUGGUGAAUGCACGCUUUGACUACAACUAUGACAACAGCUUCCGGGUGACCAGCAUGCAAGCGGUCAUCAACGAGACACCUUUGCCUAUUGAUCUCUACAGGUACGAUGAUGUGUCAGGCAAAACUGAGCAAUUCGGUAAAUUUGGGGUCAUCUAUUACGAUAUCAACCAGAUUAUCACCACUGCUGUCAUGACCCACACUAAACAUUUUGAUGCCUAUGGCAGGAUGAAGGAGGUCCAGUAUGAGAUAUUUCGGUCUCUUAUGUACUGGAUGACUGUGCAGUACGACAACAUGGGGAGAGUGGUUAAGAAAGAACUGAAGGUAGGCCCUUAUGCAAAUACAACUCGUUACUCAUAUGAAUAUGAUGCUGAUGGCCAGUUGCAGACUGUGUCUAUCAAUGACAAACCUCUCUGGCGUUACAGCUAUGACCUAAAUGGAAACCUCCAUCUGUUGAGUCCGGGGAAUAGUGCCCGCCUUACACCACUCAGGUAUGACCUCAGGGAUAGGAUUACUAGACUGGGGGAUGUGCAGUACAAAAUGGAUGAAGAUGGCUUCCUGAAGCAAAGGGGCAAUGAUAUUUUUGAGUACAAUUCAGCUGGCCUGCUCAUCAAAGCCUACAAUAAAGCAAGUGGGUGGAGUGUGAAGUACCGCUAUGAUGGCCUAGGAAGGAGAGUCUCCAGCAAAACCAGCCAUGGCCAUCACUUGCAGUUCUUCUACGCAGAUCUGACCAACCCAACCAAGGUCACCCACUUGUACAACCACUCGAGCUCUGAGAUCACGUCCCUGUACUAUGACCUCCAAGGCCACCUUUUUGCGAUGGAGCUCAGUAGCGGAGAUGAAUUCUACAUUGCCUGUGAUAACAUUGGCACUCCUUUGGCUGUCUUCAGUGGGACUGGCUUAAUGAUCAAGCAGAUACUGUACACAGCAUAUGGGGAGAUCUAUAUGGACACUAAUCCCAACUUCCAGAUCAUCAUUGGCUACCAUGGAGGAUUGUAUGACCCCCUCACGAAGCUUAUCCACAUGGGGCGGAGAGACUACGAUGUGCUAGCGGGUCGCUGGACAAGUCCAGACCAUGAUAUGUGGAAGCAUCUGAGUAGCAAUAACAUAAUGCCUUUCAACCUGUAUAUGUUCAAAAACAACAACCCCAUUAGCAAUUCUCAGGAUAUUAAAUGUUACAUGACAGAUGUCAACAGUUGGCUGCUCACCUUUGGGUUCCAGCUGCACAAUGUCAUCCCCGGCUACCCCAAGCCAGACAUGGAUGCCAUGGAGCCAUCCUAUGAGCUAAUCCACACACAGAUGAAAACCCAAGAAUGGGACAAUAGCAAGUCCAUUUUGGGGGUCCAGUGUGAAGUGCAGAAGCAGCUGAAGGCUUUUGUCACACUGGAGCGCUUCGAACAAAUCUACAGCUCCAGCAUCGCUGGGUGCCGGCACGUCAAGAAGAACAAGAACUUUGCUUCUGGAGGCUCCAUCUUUGGCAAGGGCGUCAAGUUUGCCAUGAAGGACGGGCGUGUGGCCACUGACAUCAUCAGUGUGGCCAAUGAGGACGGACGGAGGAUUGCAGCCAUCCUGAACAACGCCCACUACCUGGAGAACUUGCACUUCACCAUCGAUGGGGUGGACACACACUAUUUCAUUAAGCAGGGGCCAUCGGAGGGUGACCUAUCCAUCCUGGGCCUCAGCGGCGGGCGGAGGACCCUGGAGAACGGCGUGAAUGUGACAGUGUCCCAGAUCAACACAGUGCUGAGUGGGAGGACUAGACGCUACACGGACAUCCAGCUCCAGUACGGUGCACUGUGUCUAAACACGCGCUACGGGACCACCUUGGACGAGGAGAAGGCACGCGUCCUGGAGCUGGCCCGACAGCGCGCCGUCACCCAAGCUUGGUCCCGGGAACAGCAGAGACUGCGGGAUGGGGAGGAGGGUAUUCGCUCAUGGACAGAAGGGGAGAAGCAACAAGUGCUAAACACGGGCCGGGUACAGGGCUACGAUGGCUAUUUUGUGAUCUCAGUGGAGCAGUACCCCGAACUCUCAGACAGCGCCAACAACAUCCACUUCAUGAGACAGAGCGAAAUGGGCAGAAGGUGACAGAGAGGGUCAAUGCGGUGACUUCUUGCCAAAGACAGCUACUCUUUUGUGGCCACUUAUCUGACUGUGUUGUACUCAAUCCUUUUUCUAAACUGAACAAGGUGGGGGGGGAGGAAAACAGAAAGAGAAGGAAUAAUAUGGUUGCACUGUAACUCAUGCAACAUAUUUUUUUUCCCGCUUUAAUUUGGUCUUCAUGCGUUUUUUGCAAUGAACAGAAGGUAUAUUUUGACGUAGUGUGAUCACAGUGAAAUUUACUGUCUCUUGUUCUUUUUAUUUGUUUGUUUGUUUUGGGGUUUUUUUGUUUCUUUUCCCCCCUCUUUGUGAGGAAUUUGAAGUGGGGAGUAGUCAACGUACAUCCUUAGGUGUAAGUGCGAAAUGGGUGUCUGUGCUAACUUGUGUCAUCCUAACCCUUUCUGAUUUGGGGUAGGGAUAUAGCCUUCCACCUGGAACAGGGGGAGCCCAUGGCAUGCCAGAGAGCUCUUCCCAGAAAGAAAGGAGAUGGAAGACAGUGCUGAUUCUGAUACUCUGAAAGUGACCGUCCGAAUCAUGUGCCUCAAAAGGGACCUUACAAGUAGUUUUCAUGUUUCACUUGGGACAUAAAGUGUUUCUUUGGGGGCUCCUGCUGAGCAGAAGUAGAUUAUAGAGGCAAAGGAGCUGAUUAUAUUACCUUGCAAGAUGAUUCUCUUCCUUCCUGAACUGGAAUAAAAACAGAAAAAAAAUUGGUCUUUUUUCAUUAUGAGAGUAGAUACUUUUUGGGGUUUUUGUGUGUGUGCAAAUCCUGGUUUUAGUUAAAUAACCUAGCAAAAGCCAAGAAAAGGGACUCCUGCUCUAUUGAGAAAAGCUAAAAUAAAUCCUCUCUCAUACGUAGAGCUGUUCUAUAGGUGGAUUUAAUGCACCCAUGUUGUACAUUUGCUAAUGGCAUAACUUCAUUAAAUGUAUAGUGUUUCAGUACAUGAGGCUACGUGUUUAACAGUCCACUGUGCUAUAUCUGAUAAAACCAGUUAAUUUUUAGGAAGCUGAUUUGAAUUUGAAAGUAGUUAUAGUAUCCCAGUGACAUACCACUGAAAAUUAGAGCCAAACCCUGCUUUUCCUGAUUCUGGAGCUUGUAUUUAUUGGCUGGGAAAUGCAGUUUGGAGUAGCAUGCUGGCAAGUCGUUUAUGACUAUGGCAGAUAAAUGUCUCCUGGGGACUUUGGCAGCAGGGAUUUUAAAAUGUUUAAUAAGUAGCAACAGCUUGUGCGUGGUGGGACAAGAAGGAGAAUAUUGAAAUCAACCCUCUCACUGUUUCCUACAUGAGCUCAAAUUUAAUGGAGAGCCCACUUGACUGUUAGCAGUGACGAGGGGGAGGUUGAAUGGAAAUGCCCACUACAGAGAGGACCAAGUGCUUUAAUAAGAAACUGCUGACAAAGUUGCUCGGCAUGCUAAUGUAAUUUUUAUUCACAUAACCUCUGUGCUCUGGUAUUUGCAAGAGUCCUUGAAAUUCAAGGGAGCAAGGAGAUGAGCUCAGCAUCCUCUUCCCCGCCUGAAACAGUCCUGUGCUGUUCCUGCAGGCAGAAGUGUUACCCCACCUCUCAAUGGAGCUCUGGCUGGAGGUGGCCAACCCUGGUCCUAGAUAGGUGUCUCUAUCACACUGAUACACCUGCAUGUGUCCUGACUGUAAGAGCUCUCUUGUGUCUCUCUGGGAACAGCUCGGUCCUGAUUUUUUUUUUUUUUUAUUCCAUCCUCUUUGGCUUUUCCCAGUUCUGCAGAGAGAUAACCCGAGACAUGCAAGUCCAUGCCAAGGCUCUUUCCUUACUCGGAGUCCUACAAUGCACCUGUGUACUCAGAGGCAGCUUUUCUGCCACUCAUGCCACCACCACUGCCAUGCUCCAGCACAGAAUGACAUCCCUCUGCAGGAUCUCACCCCCAGAUACAGCGGGGGUGUGUGUUGGCUGUGCAGUCCUCGAGCAGAGAAACAUUGGCAGCCCCGGUGCUCUCACGGUUUCUCCGUAGAAGUCGACUGCCAGCUCCGUCUGCCUUGCCUGUCUGUUCCCGGGUGCUUGCCAGGAGGAAGGUGAUGGAAUGGAAAUUCCCCUAACAGACUGUUCCUCCUCCAGUUCUGAAUCCCUAAUACCUUUGGCUGUGUGGCCAUGACCAACGGUAUGGGUUUGAUUUCCUGCUAUCUCUCCUGCUUGCAGCAAGGGUGAUGAUGCUGGUGCUGUGUCCCAGCACUGUACUCUGAACCACCCCUUGCAGCACACAACCUUUAUUACUUUGGCAGGAGUGAACCACAGGCAGCUGGAAAGGGUAUCCAGUUCUGGCAGAGCCAGGUGGGAGAAGAUGUGUUGCCCAGACCUGCUCCAGGCUUUGGCAAGGGAGCAGUUGCUUUGGCAGCUGCCUGCCAGGGAUGGUUAAAAGGCCAUGGCAUUGCCACCUGUAUGGCUGGUAUGAAGCGCUUGGUAAGCCUGGGUUGCCCUGAGGAUGCACAGCUGGGGGUCAGGGGCAGUGUUAGCCAAACCAGCAGUAACCACCUACUCCAAGGAAGCACCACCUUCUUGCCAGUGCUGUCCAGCUCCCUGCUUCCCCCUCUCCAAGCCACACCAGGGACAAAUUCCUCUUAAAACCUCAAACUUGUGAUGGCUGUGAGUGCCUCAAACAGCAUGAAUGGAACAAAAAGAAACCUGCAGGAGGCAGGGUCUAAAGGUAUCAACCUCUGGUAAAAGACCCACAGAGCAGAGAGAGCUCAUUGUGCCUCCCAUUUACACUGCCCCAUUCGAAGCAGCUCCGAAGAAAAGUUGUGCUUCUGUAUCCAUCUGCAUCCAUGUGUUACAAUGCUAAGAGGUGCAGCGCAAGAAUAAAUGGGCCAUUUUUCCACUGAGUCAAGAAAAGAGAUUCAAGUGUAAAAUAUUCCUACUGGAACCCUGCCAGCCUGAGAUGGCAUCUCUACAGCCUUACACAGACUCUUCAGGUUAUUACAUGAGCUAAUGACUUUGAGGAGUUCACCUGUUUUUCAAGAGUCUCCCAGUCCCUCAAUGCUUGUCCAGCAUGCCCAGAGCCAGGAGCCCAGAGCUCUGUGCCGUGGCCAAGGCAGGACCCUCGUGUUGCAUUUUUCUGCAUCCUCAAGCAGUGCUGGGAUGUGACUGCGCCUGUCUGCCUGCCAGGUCCAUGACAGUCUUCUCCUGGGCCUGCACCCGGUAUGGAAACUAUGGACAUUGUGUCAAAAAGGGAGAAAAAAAUAUAUAUGUAAAAGUGUAUAUGUGUAUAUGUUGCUCUUUUCUAUCAAAACAAAAAUUUAAAAGGGAUGGCUGUCUAAUGCUGGGGACAAACCAGUCCAAAGACAGCUAUUACAUUCCUGAAUCCUCAGCCUCUGUGAAAGCUUUCCACCUCACCUAGAUGGCUAAACAACAUUUUCAGUCCUGUAGCACUAAAUUUAUCCAUUAAUUAGUGAAAAAUGCUAUUUCUACAGGAUCCCAAGUGCAUUUCCACUUUACCAAUGGUCCCGUAGCUCCUUCCCAGCCUUUUUGUUGUUUCUUUUGCCUCCCCUUGGGAACAUUCUGACUGCCUGACCCUUCUUGCUUUGCUUGUGUGCAGGCAUGAAGUAAUUUGUUGCUUCCAUAAGAGCGGAAGGUCCUGGGUGCAAGUCCCACAGCACUAACCCCUUCAUAGGAUCAGAGACUGGGUUGGGUUGGAAAGAACCUUAAAGAUCAUCCAGUUUCAACCCCCUGCCAUGGGCAGCAAAACUUUCACUAGAUCAGGUUGCUCAAACCUGAUCUUUCACUAGAUCAGGUUGCUCAAAACCCCAUCCAAGCUGGCCUUGAACCCUUCCAGGGAUGGAAUAUGCAUAGUUUCUCAGGGCAACCUGUGCCAGUGCCUCACUACCCUCAUAGGAAAGAAUUUCUUCCCAAUACCUAAUCUACUCUCUCUGUUUGAAGCCAUGUCCCGUUGUCCUGUCACUCCAUGCCUUUGUCAAAGUCCCUCUCCAGCUCUCUUGAAGCCCCUUAGACGCUGGAAGGCUCUCUAGGGGCUUCCCAGAGUCUUCUUCAGGCUGAGCAACCCCAACGCUCUCAACCUAUCUCUAUAGCAGAGGUGCUCCAGCCCUCUGAGCAUCUUAGCGGCCUCCUCCAGACUUGCUCCAACAGCUCAACAUCUUUCUUGUGUUGGGGGCCCCAGAGCUGGAUGCAGCACUCCAGGUGGGAUCUGGUUAGGGCAGAGCAGAAUUUCCUCCAUCGCCCAGCUGCCCGCACUGCUGGUGAUGCAGCCCAGGACACGUUUGGCUCUCUGAGCUGUGAGUGCUCACUGAUGGAUCAUGUUGAACUUCUCACCCAACAACACCCCCAAGUUUUUCUCCCUAGUUAUGCACUCCAUCCAUUCUCUGCCCAGCCUGUAAUUGUGCUUGGGAUUGCCCCAGCUGAACUUUAUGAGGUUCACACUGGCCCAACACUCAGGCUUGUCAAGGUCCCUCUGGAUGGCAUCCCUUCCCUCCAGCAUGUCAUCAAUUGCUCUAGAUGCUGUUUCAAAGGCCCAUUGAAAGGCGUGACAGACCAUCUCCUGGGGAAAAUGUCACUGUGCUUUAAGUCUCAUGUGCUUUGAGGUUUGAUUUUGAGAAGUCAUUUUCGUUCUUGACUCCCAAAAAGAGGACUCAGCCCUCACCAAAAGGAGUUCCCCAUUAAAACACAAAGGUGUAACUUCACUUUUCAACCCUGAUCUUGUCUCCAGUCCAAAGAGCAGUGAGAAGGAUCCUGACCAAAUCUCACAGCUCAGAGGAGAAAAUCCAGUGCUUUGGAGCAGAGGCUGCAUCUCUCAGUGAGAGCAAUAAGGAGCAACAGCUCAAGUCUUCAGUAGCUGGAGCUGGUACUGAAACACGUUCCAUUUGAAUGGACAACAGUGAUGGGACUUACUUGGUGUGGCAUCCAAACAUAAGCAGUGCCAUGAAGACUCUGCAGCUGUAAAACAUCCUGUGAACCCAGCCCAGGGGGAGAGGAGCAAGACUAAUUAGGAAUGACGAGAAAUGCUGCAUUUGUUCCCUCUGAGAUCUUUUAUUUUUUUCCCUUUCAACUGGAGAUUGGCACUUGGAAAAAUCAUUAAGUAGCAGUGACCGGAGGGAGUCACGCAGCUCAUCAUAUCUUUGUCAUCACAGCUAUUGAUCAGAGCCACAGCGAAAAUGGGCCAACAAUGCUAAACAACACCAGGCGAGAGCUGAUGAGAUGAAGGUCAUUAAGAGCCCGGUGCUUGAUUCAGGUUUAGAAGACACAGAUGACUGGGAGCAGUCCCUGAGACACCAUUUGGCCGUAACUUAGGAACAGUGAGGGAUUUCUGUAAUAUAUCUGUAGUUGCUUUAUUGAGCGUAGGGACCGGCAUGAAAUUCUGCUCAGUCUAUUAUACAGACAGUGUAACCAGUGUAAAUCAAAAUUGUUCAAAAAAAAAAAAUCUAAUAAAGUACUUUUUCAGCUGUGACUUGUAAGUGUCACCGUGAUGGAUGGCAGCGCAAUCCAUUAUGCAAAGACAAGGCUCUUAACAUGAAAUUUUAGAAUUCAAUUUUACGAUUUACAGAGAGGGCCCCCCUCGUAUUUACGGCACAGCAGUCUGUUUUGAUUCAAUCUCGGCGUAAUUGAAACCAGGGCCAGGGAUCAUGGUUAGUCCUAUGGCUGCUUUUUAAAAGGGGAGGAGAAAUGACUGCCUAUAACAUUAAUAAUGGAGCUAGGGAGAUCGCUUUGCUUGUUAAAUCUUACUCACUUUAUCUCCUUGCCCUGGUGGCACUGCCAGACCUGGUGAAUAUGAACACUGUGCCUCCAUGCCAGGGAUGCAUUUGAUGGGAUAAAAUCUGGCUGCCAUGUGGCCAGCAGCAUCCUCCAUCCCUCAGUGAGCAUGGCCUGGGGCAUUUUUGCUCCUGUUGCUACAGUCCUCCACGGGACAAGCUAGUUUUUCAGUACCUCUUUUUAUUAUAAUCACUCAUUUUAUUAUGAUCACUAAAUAGUCCCCCGUUACACCAAAGAAUUUUCAUGACUUUUGAAAAAAUAAAAAAAUAACCCAAAGCCUUCUUGUGUUUGCUUUUUUUUUUCUUUUUUUUUUUGGUUGGUUGGUUGGUUUUUUUGUGGUUGUUUUUUUUUUCAUCUCUUGAAUAUGUUUAAAUGAAAUUACUUGUGACUGUAGAGCAAAUUUCAAAUAGACACCUCCGGGGCAUGGAGGGCCCUUUCCAGGACCCUGCUUCUCACUCCUGGAUGAAGGGCCAUUGCAUGUCCUGGGGGCCAUUUCCUGUGGCAGUUUUCCAUCCUCUGCCACCCCAGUCAAAAACAACCCGGCCCACCCUAGGGAAAUCUUCUGUGUUUCUUUUGUACUCUCCUUUAAUUGCCAUAAAACUUUGUGUUCCUGACCAAGUGUUACAUAGCUCAGCUGUUAACACCCAUUCCAGAGGUCAGUGCUUUCUUGGGAGGAUAGAAAAGGACAAAUGAAAAUUAACUAAAAAAAUAUAUACAUAUACAUAUAUAUAUAUAAUUUUUUUUCCUUAGAGAUGGAAACUGUUCAAGCAAACACUAAAACAUUAAAAAAAGAAAAAUGAAGUGUUUGGACAGUUCAUAGAUAUUGUUGAAAUAACCAAUCAAAGAAUCACACUUUUCUAUUAAAACAUAAAAUGCUUAUUUUGUGAGAGGACUUCUAAUGCAGCUCCGGCCAAGAAGAGGACUUUGUAUCAAAGCUGCAUCUGUAAGCCCAGCACUGAAGACUCUUGUCAUUACCCUGUGUAAUAAUUUUCCUGAAGUCUGGAACUAAUUUUUUGAGAAAUUUUUUUUCUCGAUACUUUGUGUUUCUAAUACUGUAUUCUUGACUGUGUAAAUACAACCAGGCUGUAAAUAAGUGCAGAUGUAGAUACCUUCUAGAAAAAAAAAAAAGGCAAACAGACAGAAAUGACCAUGUGUAGCCUUCAGUGACAAAUAAAAGAAUAUUUUGUGUUUAAA